AAACAGCACGCGCGUCCUGACAGAGCUACUAUGCCAUUAUACAGUAGUUCCCGUACUGUGGUCCCACUCUUCAAACACGUUGUCCGUCACUGUCCUGCCAGAGUCUUCAGCGUGUCCCGCAGCCUGUCGACGGAUGGCUUCGCUGCUCAGGCGCAGAUUCAUGAAAACUCUGUUCAACUUUUCAACCAUGUCUACCCACGAGACGACAUGACCAAUGUGACAGCUAAAAUCUUGUCCAAAGUCGGCUGUCAGCUUCACAACCGGCCUCACCACCCCUUGUGGCUUAUUAAAGAGCGCAUCAAAGACCAUUUCUACCGCUCGUACGUGGGUCGCACCGGAAACCCCAUUUUUUCUGUACAUGACAACCUGAGGCCGGUAGUGACGGUGGAGCAGAACUUCGACAGCCUGCUCAUUCCUGCAGACCAUCCCAGUCGCAAAAAAGGAGACAAUUACUACCUGAACCGCACACACAUGCUGCGGGCGCACACCUCCGCCCAUCAGAAAGAGCUGGUGCGCUCUGGCCUCGACUGCUUCCUGCUGGCUGGAGACGUUUACAGGAGAGAUGAGGUCGAUUCCAGCCACUAUCCUGUCUUCCAUCAGAUGGAAGGAGUGCGGCUGUUCUCCAACCAUGAGCUGUUUGCUGGAGUGGAGAAUGGUGAAGAUCUGUGUUUGUUUGAGCGCGGCGGCCGUCGAACGUCUCAAAAGCAGGAGACGCACACGCUGGAGGCCGUCAAACUGCUGGAGUUUGAUCUGAAACGGGCUCUCACGCGCCUCAUGCAACACCUUUUCGGGGAAGAUCUAGAGAUCCGCUGGGUGGACUGUUACUUCCCCUUCACACAUCCGUCCUUCGAGAUGGAGGUGUUCUUCCAGGGGGACUGGAUGGAGGUGCUGGGAUGUGGAGUGAUGGAGCAGGAACUGGUGCGCUCAGCAGGUGCUGGUAAUAAGAUGGGCUGGGCUUUUGGUCUCGGGCUUGAGAGGUUGGCCAUGGUUCUGUUUGGUAUCCCGGAUAUCCGGCUUUUCUGGAGCGAGGAUGAACGCUUCCUGAAGCAGUUUCGCCUGUCUGACAUCUAUCAGCCUGUUACCUUCCAGCCUCUCAGCAAGUAUCCUCCGCUCUUCAAUGACAUCUCUUUUUGGCUCCCGGCCGAAGGUUACACAGAAAACGACUUCUACGACCUGGUCCGCAGCAUCGGAGGAGACCUGGUGGAGAAGGUCACGCUGGUGGACACGUUCACACAUCCAAAGACGAAGAAAGUGAGCCACUGUUACCGUCUUGUGUAUCGUCACAUGGAAAGGACUCUGACUCAAGAAGAAGUGAGCAUCCUCCACACAGCCAUCCAGACAGCGGUGGAGAAAGAGCUGGGCGUGCAGGGCAGAUUCUGAUGCUCUUACACACAUCAGCGUCACCAGGUUUCUCUAACUAAUUAAAUGUGGAAACUCUUCAACUGCACUCAGCUGGAGACUCCACCUGUAGUUUCUUAAAGGAACACUGCAUAACACUUCAAUAACUACAAAUAGUCGUGUUAUUUAGUCCUCAUCUUGUGCUUUAAAACUCGUAAGGGAGUGUAUUUUAAUCUACAACUUCACUAAAGUGAUAGUCAGUCUAGGCUACAGUUCAAAUCUUUUCAGUCUCAGUGAAGCACAAAUGAAUAUAUUUUUGUAGACAGUUGAUGGAGACCCUUGACUUUGUAUGAGCUAAUGUGAGUUUUGCGUCACUGAGAUAAUGUUGCACUCUUUAAAAAAAGCUGCAUAUAGAGUGUAUACAAUGUUAAAAAAAAUAUAAAUGCUGGGUUGUCGUAUAACCCAACAGUUGGGUUAAAAGUUGCACUUAAAUGUAAUUUUUA